AUGGGGAGCGGGCCUCGGAGGAAAGGCGGAACUAACGGAGCGAGGUGGGAGUGCCAAGAUAUUUCCGAAAGCGGUGGAAUUCCAAGGUGCAUGGGAGGCCUGUUCAAACAAUCGAAGUUGGGUGGUGAGACCAACGAAGUAUCUGGAAAUUUCAUUGAGGAAGGACAAAGAGCUGGCGAGAAUACUACGGAGAGCCAAGGGUCGCAGGUGUUCCAAAAUUCACGAAGGUUCUCCCAACGAAUAAACAUUGGCAAAACCUUAUUGAUCAUAAGCGACGCCAUGGGUGGCCAACCCGGGUGCCUGCAAGGACAAAGGAAGGUGGCCCUUUAUUUGGCCGGUGGGAAGGUGAUGGCGUUCUUGGCUAACUCUUGGGCCGAGCGUUUGGGACGGACCAAGACAAAAUGA